CGCAUUGAAGGCAGGAAGGAGUUAAAGUCUUCCUGCUUGCUUGAGUAGGAGGUGCAGAGGGAGGAGACGAGGGGGGGUGCCCCGUCUUUCUAUUGAUAGUCCUGCCCGUACAUCCACUGCUGCAGUCAGGACCAUGCAGGUCGACCUGUAGAGGCUACUUGCCGAGGAGGACCACGCUCGGGUUUCUUCUGGACGUGAUGAAGAGCGGAAGACUUGAGUCCUCUUCUGUGAUUGGCUGAGGGGCUCAAGAUGGCCCACCUCUUCCUGGCUAGUAAGAUGGUCCUCCCUGAAGAUGCCACCCGGCUUCCAUCCGGCGCCGCCAUGUCGUUCUCCUACGAGAAGCUCGGCUGCGACAAACCCAGGAAGGAUCAGGCGGUGGUCGCGACGACCCAAGUCCCGCACGUCAACGAGGCCCAGCUGAGCGCCGCCACCGGGGGCGCCGAGAUGUCCUGCUACCGCUGCACGGUGCCGUUCGGCAUAGUGGUGCUCAUCGCCGGCGUGGUGGUGACGACGGUGGCCUACACUUUCAACUCCCACGGCUCCACCAUCUCCGUGCUGGGGCUGGUCCUGCUGGCGGCCGGACUGGGCCUGCUGGCAUCCAGCGCCAUCUGCUGGAGGGUUCGACUCGGCAGGAAGAGGGACAGGAGGAGGGAGAGCCGGGCCGCCCUUGUGGUCAGUCAGGGGUACUGCGAGACAUGAUGGACGCUCAAUGCCAACGCCACACCUGUCAACCUUCCGUUCCCACCGAGAAACUUCCGAAAUUCUCCUUCCCGGUGCCCUCACCUUUUUAUCAUUUCCCUUAUUUUAAAUUCCAGGGGGAAAAAUCCUCUCCAGCUCUGCCAGUACAGCGACAAUCAUGCAACAUGGCGUAACACAUACCGUAGCCAGUAAAAUCGGGCCUUCAAAAUAAAAACAUGCCGGUAAAAUAACACUGUUGCGCCAGUCUGCGGUCCAGUCUUUACACCAGUUCCUGCCACAACCCAACUGCACACAUUUUUUGCAUUUUUUAGUAUGUCAUCGGAGACAGGUCGGAAUUUUUUUAUUUUGAAGAAAUUUUCCCUUAUUUUUUCUGAAAAAUUCCCCUUAUUUUCCCUGAAAAUUCCCCUCAUUUAACCUCAUUUUAAAAUUUCCUACAUUUUCCUCAAAAGUUGUGCUUAUCUUCCCUCAUUUACCAUAAUUUUUCUAGAAAAAUUCCCAGGUUUUUUCCCAAAACUCCCAUUAUUUUUCCUCAUUUUCCCAGAAAGUUUCCCUAUUUUCCUGGAUAUUUUUCCUUACUUUUCCCUCAGUUUUUCUGGAAAAUUCCGCUUAUUUUCCUUCAUUUUUUUGUGAAAAUGUUCCCUAUUGCCCUUAUUUUCUGGAAAACGUCCAUUAUCGUCCCUGAAAAUUCCCCUCAUUUAACCUCAUUUUUUAAAAUUUCCUACAUUUGGGAAGUUGUGCUUAUUUUCCCUCAUUUACCAUAAUUUUUCUAGAAAAUUUCCCAGAUUCUUUCCCCCAAAUUGUCCCGGAUAAUUUCCCUUAUUUUCUGAUGCUACGUCUGACAGGUGUGGACAAUACAGCUGAAGGCCUCGGACCAACUGUAAAUAAACUACCUAGCGUCCAUAUGCUAGUUGACGACAGCUCAAUAAGUGUUGAUGCUAAAUGUUUUACUGCUGCUAACGAGCAAUAAGUGUAGAGAGUAACGGUACUUUCAAUUGUUGAUGAAUUGACAAAACCUCUUAAGAGAUGCAAAGCUAGUCACAUUUAUCAUGUAUCAUCUUUAGCCUUAACGCUGGCGACCCUCUUUUUUUAAUCCAUACACGCACAAAUGCCAAAAAUAAUCAAUCCUUAAUUGAGAAAUGUGAAAUGAAUGCACUGCAAUGUCUUUACCGCCGUAUUUAUUCAUGUUUUGUACCAAUAAAGUCAUAACA